UUAAGGGUUGCAAGUGGGGUAAAUGUUUUGUAGCGCUUACAUUUCGCUCUCGCCUGGGUACAUUGAUACACUGCUGAACUUGCAUCAAUUGCUAUAACUUUGGCUAUUUUACAUCGACGUUGGGGCAACAUGUCGGUUGCGUCUGCAUCAAUACAGUUUUUUAGUCGUUUGUUACGAUAUCGAACGAAAUGUGGCGUUCCGUUUCACGCAGCAUCUAGGAUUUUAAUAUCACCAUACCUGCCCCAGGUCUUUGGCGGUAAUAAGGUGCUACUGGGCACCUGUGCACAGCCACUCAGGUCAGAGGAGAAGGUGACUGUCUAUUUCAUCAACCGCGAUGGGCGGAAGAUCACCACUUCGAGUGCCAAGGGCGACAGUCUUCUAGACCUGGUGGUCGAACAAAACCUAGAUAUUGAAGGUUUUGGUGCGUGUGAGGGGACCCUGGCCUGUUCCACCUGUCAUGUGAUCCUGGAUCAGAAGGUGUACAACCAGCUGGGGCCCAUCACUGAUGAGGAGAAUGAUAUGCUGGACCUGGCCUUUGGCCUCACUGAUACGUCUCGUCUGGGUUGUCAGGUCUGCCUAUCCAGAGAUCUGGAGGGCAUAACGGUCCGUGUGCCAGACCGGGUGAACGACAUGCGGCGGUCUGAUGAUGCUGAACCUACUACACUGUAAAGCAUCUUGUUUUUACAGUAUUAUACAAAACUAACAGUAAAGUACUAUAUUAAUGAUUAAUUGCCCUAAAUUGAAAUGCAAUCUGGGUGGUUUUAGGUGUAACUGGUUAAUUGAUACUAUACAAUUCCUAAGAAACUUGGUUUAACAGUACAUUCCUGUUAAAAAGUGCUAUAUUUCCAAUGGUUCUGUAAUUCCACCCCACAGAAUACUGUACCCUUCUCUGUAGUGGGUUCAUGGUAUUGUUGUUUUCAUUAACAUAUUAUGAGGUGUGCCUUGUAAGAAAGAGGCUGCAACGUUGCAUUUGUUCCACCGGUUAGUGAGAGUGAGGUACCAAUUUAACUGAUACAGUGGUAGUAGUGCCUCAACAAUUGAAUGUGCAUACAGUAGGGGACAGAUUGGAGUGGCAGCAAGUCUUAAACCUUUAAUGGUUUAGUAUUUGCCAUGUUCUUUGGUCUGUUUUACCCUGCAUUCACUGCCAGUUUAGAAGCCUUUAAGGCCUCUAGAAGUGCAAGUGAUAUACAGUACCAGUCAAAAGUUUGGACACACCUACUCAUUCAAGGGUGUUUCUUUAUUUUUACUAUUUUCUACAUUGUAGAAUAAUAAUGAAUACAUAAAAACUAUGAAAUAACACAUAUGGAAUCAUGUAGUAACCAAAAAAGUGUUAAAUAUAUCCAAAUAUAUUUGACAUUCUUCAAAGUAGCCACCCUUUGCCUUGAUGACAGCUUUGCACACUCUUGGCAUUCUCAACCAGCUUCAUGAGGUAGUCACUUGGAAUGCAUUUCAAUUAACAGGUGUGCCUUGUUAAAAGUACAUUUCUUUCCUUCUUAGCAUUUGAGCCAAUCAUUGGGUUGUGACAAGGUAGGGGUGGGUAUACAGAAUAUUUGGUUUAAAAAUAUAUAUAUAUAUAUAUAUAUAUAUAUACACACACACACACACUAUCAUUCAAAAGUUUGGGGUCACUUAGAAAUGUCCUUGUUUAAAUAUAUAUAUAUAUUUAUUUUUAAAUGUAUCCAUUAAAAUAACAUCAAACUGAUCAGAAAUACAGUGUAGACAUUGUUAAUGUUGUAAAUGACUAUUGUUGCUGGAAAGCCAUUUCCAGAUUUAAAAAAAAUGGAAUAUCUACAUAGGCGUACAGAGGUCCAUUAUCAGCAAACAUCACUCCUGUGUUCCGCUAGUAACCUACAGUAAAUAGCUAGUAACCUACAGUAAAUAGCUAGUAAGUGAACGUCAAGUUUUGUUUAUAGAUAAAAAAAUUGUAUUGUUGAAAUGCUGAAAUAAAAUAGUUUUCUUAAUUAUUAA